UCGUGACCAUCUUCUUUUCCUUUGUUUAGGUUUUCUGUGGCGAGGGCGAGUCUACGAGACGAGGCGAGGGGAAGGUGAGGGCGACUGAGAAAAUCUUUCCUUUCCGUCCCAAGGGUUUCUACCAAGAGGUGUAGAGUUACUGAUAAAACUGAGCAGAAUGUAUACUGCGAGGAAGAAAAUUCAUAAGGAGAAUGAUGUUGAGCCCACAGAGUUCGAGGACUCCGUUGCUCAGGCCCUAUUCGACUUGGAAAAUACAAACCAGGAACUUAAGAGUGAUUUGAAAGAUCUUUUCAUAAACUCAGCUGUACAGAUGGAUGUUGCUGGGAACCGCAAGUCCAUAGUUAUUCAUGUUCCCUACAGAAUCAGAAAGGCCUUUCGUAAGAUACAUUUGAGGCUUGUGAGGGAAUUGGAAAAGAAGUUCAGUGGAAAGGAGGUCAUCAUUAUUGCCUCCCGAAGGAUAGUGAGGCCGCCCAAGAAAGGUUCCUCCGUCACUCGCCCUCGUAGCCGCACUCUCACUGCAGUUCAUGAUGCGAUUUUAGAAGAUAUAGUUUACCCCGCUGAGAUUGUCGGAAAGCGUGUAAGAUAUAGGUUGGAUGGCUCCAAGAUUGUCAAGAUUUUUCUGGACCCAAAGGAACGCAACAACACGGAGUACAAGCUGGAGACCUAUUCAGGAGUCUACCGCAAACUGUGUGGGAAGGAUGUUGUGUUUGAAUACCCAGUUACCGAGAACGCCUGAGCUCUUCUGUUUCUGAAUUUUGCUUUUUUAAUUGUUUUAAGUGAUGGAAAAAUUUUGAUUAUUUGAAUUUUUAAUGCACUGCAAAUUUGAAUCUGAUCAUCA